GGACAACACCCCUGAGGGAUUCGGCGGGAUCACGAGGCGCAUAAUAGACCACGUCCUCCACAGCCGACCACCUCGCCAGCCAUGUCGUCCUCCAGCACCGUCCCGCCUCCCGCACCCCCGCAGCCCGCACAGCAGCCGAACGCCAACGCGGCGCACCUCUCCCCACUGCCGCCCUCCGUCUUCACGCUCCCGCAGACCGCGCAGCUCGAGGCGCUUUACACGAUCAUCCGCGACAAGAACACCGCGCGCGGCGACUUCCUCUUUUACUCGGACCGCAUCAUCCGCCUGCUCGUCGAGGAGGGCUUGAACCACCUGCCCGUCGUACCGCGCACGGUUGAGACGCCGACGGGCGCGCCGUAUGAGGGCGUGGGCUUCGUCGGCAAGAUCUGCGGCGUGAGCAUCCUGCGCGCGGGCGAGGCGAUGGAGGCCGGCCUGCGCGAGGUAUGCCGCUCGGUGCGCAUUGGGAAGAUCCUCAUCCAGCGCGACGAGGAGACGGCGCAGCCGAAGCUGUUCUUCUCGAAAUUGCCGCAGGAUAUUGCGCAGCGAUACGUGCUGCUGCUUGACCCCAUGCUAGCGACUGGCGGCUCUGCCAUGAAGGCGGUCGAGGUCCUGCUGGACGCUGGUGUCUCCGAGGAUAAGAUCAUCUUCAUCAACUUGAUCUCCUCCCCCGAAGGCCUCACCGCCUUCGCCGACCGUUUCCCCAGACUCAAAAUCAUCACCGGCUGGAUAGACGAGGGCCUUAACGAGAAGGCGUACAUCAUCCCCGGCUUGGGCGAUUUUGGCGAGCGCAGGUAUUGCGAGUGAUCGAGCCGUCCACUUUCCCGACGCGGCGUGGAACAAAGGGAGGGUGCAGGCAUCGGUGAGGCUGCAGGACCGACGCCGCAAUCAAGGCGCCCGACGUGCUUGUAUCCGACGCUCGUUGCAGAGCAUGUCUUUGCGUUGCUGGCAUGGCUCAUACUCGGCGCCGGAAUUAUGUGCAUGCCAUCUUGCAUACUUAGGAGUAGUCUAGCAUGGUUUCGUCAAUCAUCAGUGGAGUCGAACGACUAAUGCAGCCGGAGUA